AUGGUACUAUCGGGUUUCGAAGAAGAGAAAGGGUCGAUUCCGGCGCUGAAGUCCAUGGCGACCAGUCUCAAGCAAUCGAACCCUCUUUACGAUUUUUCGUUGCCUUUCUUGCAAUGGGGUAGCCAGAGACGAAAGAGGAGCGGUGAUCGGCGUUCUUCAGGGUCAAGCUCCGACGAGUCGACAGUGACGCGGAAGCGGGUGUUCGAAGCUGCUAGGAGUGAAAAACGACGUGUUAUCGACGAUAAUGGGGUCGCGGCGGUGAGGCAGAAGCUGAUGCAUGAUCUGAAGACAGAAUCAGAUAGAAUGAAAGACGCGAUUUUGAGGAACGGAGAAAAAGAAGAAGAAGAAACCGUGAUGCCGUGGAAUCUGAGGAAGAGAAGAGCAGAGGAUAAGGGUCCGAUAUCCGCCGGAGGUAAUGGUGAAAUGUUGAAGAUUGAUGACAGGAAGCAAAAUCGCUCGUCGCCGGUGAGGCCUGACGGCGCCGUCAAGUUACCGCAAUUGAGAAGCAGUUCCGACAAGACGGAAAGGGUUAAGUUCUCCGUACAGUUGACGAAGAAGGAGAUCGAGGAAGAUUUCAUUAAGCUGUUGGGUCAGAAGCCGCCGCGGAGGCCCAUUAAGAGGCCCAAAUUUGUGCAGAAGCAAUUGGAUACACUUUUCCCUGGCUUGUGGUUAACGGAGGUUAUGGCUGAUUCUUACAAGGUUCUUGAAGUUGCUGAGAAUGGCAAGGCGCGUCACUUUGGGAAGCGGAAACUGUGA